UUUUUGACAGUUUCUUAGCGGCGGAGGGAGAAGGUCAGUCUGCUGCGACCGGGCUGGGCUGGGGCCGAGGCGCUCCCCGGAGGACGAAGUUCUUCUCACCGGACGCCUCCCCGCCGGCACCAUGUCCCGGGACCCCGAGGAGGUGAACAAGCUGACGGAAAGCACCUACAAAAAUGUUAUGGAACAGUUCAAUCCAGGACUGAGGAAUUUAAUAAAUCUGGGAAAGAACUAUGAAAAAGCUGUUAAUGCUAUGGUAGUGGCUGGAAGAGCAUAUUAUGAUAGCCUUGCAAAGAUUGGGGAUAUAUCGGCUGAUUCUCCAGUUUCUAAAGAAUUAGGCCAAGUUCUGGUAGAAAUUUCAAGAACACACAAGAAACUCAAUGACAGCCUAGAGGAGAGUUUCAAAAAAUUUCAUAAAGAAAUUAUAUCUGAACUGGAGAAGAAAACAGACCUGGAUGUGAAAUACAUGAAUGCAACUUUAAAAAGGUACCAAACUGAACACAGAAGCAAAUUAGAUUCUUUAGAGAAGUCUCAGGCUGAGCUGAAAAAAAUCAGGAGGAAAAGCCAAGGAGCACGAAAUGUAAUGAAAUAUGAGCACAAAGAAAUGGAGUAUUUGGAAACAGUGAGCUCUCGACAGAGUGACAUUCAGAGGUUUAUUGCAGAAGGCUGCAGAGAAGCUCUCCUUGAAGAAAAAAGAAGGUUCUGUUUUCUGGUUGACAAGCACUGCAGCUUUACCCAGCACAUGCACUUCUAUCACAUUCAGUGUGCGGACUUCCUGAAAUCCAAGCUGCCUGGGUGGCAGGAGAUCUGCAGUGAUGCUACCAAAGUGCCUGAAAAAGUCAGAAUGAUGAUAGAUGAAAUAAGGACACCUGGUUCCACCCCAGUAUCAGGAACUCCACUGCCUUCACCAAUGAUAGAGAGAAAUACCCUGAUUGGACAUGAUUUUUAUCCUCACCAUGAGAAUGCAGCGAAGGUGCCCCCUGCUCCGACAGGCAGGGCCUACACCAGCCCUUUAGUUGAUAUGUUCAACAACCCUGCAACAGUUCCCAAGGCGUCUUCUGAAAAGCUAAAUAAUUCAGCAGAGAGUUCAGAUGAUGCCAGUUUAUCGCGUUCGACUUCUGUUGCCACAGGACUAAAUAUAAUGAAAAGGCAAAAAGUAAAGACGAUCUUCCCACAUACUGCUGGAAGUAACAAGACGUUGCUUAGCUUUGCACAGGGGGAUAUCAUCACCCUUCUUGUAGCUGAGGAAAAGGAUGGCUGGCUUUAUGGGGAACACGAGACAACCAAAGUAAAAGGAUGGUUUCCAUCAUCAUAUACGAGACCACUGGAAGAACCAGCAGAAGAAAAACCAUUUGCCCCAGUGCCAAGCCCUACACCAAUCCGAAGUAUUAGUUCUGUAAAUCUUGUGGAAAAAGGUGAUGUUGUCCUCCCACCACCAGACUACCUGGGGUCUUUGCAAACAGAGAAGAGAAUGGAGCCUUCCAAAGGUGCUGCUGUUAAAACACCAACUGACAGACCAGAAAAUGCUGGCCCGAAACCUGACAUGAAUGGCAUUAUAAAACCACCUUUUCUAAGUGGAGAAAAUCCUUUUGCAACUGUGAAACUCAGACCAACAGUAACAAAUGACAGAUCAGCACCGAUUAUCCGAUGAAUGUACAGUCCAUGCACAUGUGCUUCCUCCUUAGAAACACCAUUUUCAGUAAUAAUUGCUAUCUAAACUUGUUCCAAGAAUUUAUUUAAAUGUAAUUACUGUACAAUAGAAGCAACCUGGAAUGGAUUUCUGAUUUAUUUUUUAAACCUGUACUUUCUAAUGAGGUAACUGCUUUGGGCUAAUGUUUGAGCACUUUGGCUUGAUUUUACAGUAUGCCUUUUUGUAGUAGGAAUUGUGAAAAUACUGGGGCUAGUUUGGAUUCUCUAGUGAACCAGUGUAACUAAUAGCUCACAGAUCUGAUUCUUUGGCAUUCGUUAUUUGGAAACUGCAAUGGUAAGUUCUAGAACACAAGCCUGCAUAUGCCACUUAGUAAAUAAGAAAAAGAUUAUUUCCCUCCCCCCCCCAACAGAACAAUGUAACAACUGCCUUAUUCUGGAAUAGAGAAUCACCUGUAUAAAGUGAUGAUUCAUUAUUUUGUUUAAGAAAGACACCUUAGGUUAUAAAUAAAUAUUUAUCCUGUAAGAAUAGACAGUUUGUAAUGCUUUGCUUAAUGUUCAGAUACAAAUUUUCAAGUGUUAAUAUCAACCCAUUUUAAGUCUGAUGUUGUACUGUCAACACAUUCUUCAAUGGUAAUUUUUUCUUUAAAACAUGUUGUCAAACUUUAGUCUUAUAAAGAGUCAUAA